AUGGAUGAGAUGAAGAAUGAGAAUACCAAGGCGGGCAAUCAAGCUUGGAGAAAAAAACCUCGCAAGUUCGCUCCAAAGUCCAGACUGGGAUCUCGACCCGCAUGCUUGAAAUGCUUUUCAACCGGUCGCACUUGCGAUGGCUAUAGUGAAACGCCCUUCGCAUCCAAGGUCGAGAAGGCUGAGACAGAAUCGACUCAUCAUCAUAAGGUGAUCGUUGGCAGAGCAGAUAUUUGUAACAAUUACCACCCACGUACGACGAUCAGUGCGUACGAGUCCGCGCGAUGGCACUCGAAAUACCAUGGUCUCAAUUUGCGGAAUCUCCAACCAUUCAUGAUCUUACCAGUUACUGCGUCGACUGAGGGAGAGAUAAUGUCCUUUUUCAGGGAUGUCUCGAUCAAGCACCUGAAUGGAUACCGCCCUUGCGAAUCAUGGCGACAAACUCUCAUGUUUUUCGCCCAAACAGUGCCAGCAGUGCGGCAUGCUGCCAUUGCCCUGGCCUUGAUUUACCGAAAUCAGUACCUGGAUGGUCACUCAGAUAAUGGAUCCCAGUAUCAACUACCUUCGUUGAAGAACCGACUACCGGGUCACGUCCCUUUGAUUCACUAUAACCGCGCCAUUCAACUUUUGCUGAACACGGAGAAGCGUGACAGCACCCAAACCAUAGCGGUCACAUUGAUGAUCUGUUACCUCUUCACCUCUCUUGAUCAUCUGGUGGGCGACAACGUCCAAGCAGUCAAGCACUUGCGCGGGGGGGUGGCGCUCUCGCGUAGCAUCAACAACAACGCUACAUUGAGCCGCGAUGCCAAUGACGAUGCCCCAUUUUCAGGGAUCCAAGCGAUUAUCAAUCAGGUUACCCAACAGAUCCGCCGCCUGGACAUGCAGGCCGUCAUGUUCCUGGUCGACUGGACUCCCGUCAACCUCGAAGAGACAUUCAAAAUGUCCCAUCUUGUCUUCUUCGACAACAAUCCCUUCCAGUCCCUCGACCAAGCCGCCGACUACCUCCAGAUCCUCGUCACUCAGGUAAUGCGCCUUCGCAACACCCGCCACCAGAUAUCCCCGACGGGUACGAUGCCACCGUUACCUUCUUGCCUCAACCACACCGUCCGCGGGCAGUUGGAAACAUGGUCGCGUCGCUUCGAAUUCUUCCUGCAGCUACCAGGCGGCAGCAGCAGCCCUUCUGCGCCAGCAUCUAACACCCAACCGCUCGUAACACUCCUCCGCCUGCAAUAUACUAUCGCAUUGAUACUCCUCGAGGGAUACGGACCCGGCCGGGAAAUGGACUAUGACAAGUUUCUGCCCCAAUUCCGGCAAUGCGUCGCACUUGCGGGCGAGGUCGCGGCGGCGCAUCACCGGUAUGUGGGGUCGUCAGCACGCGCGACAUUCACGCCGGAGAUCGGAUUCAUCCCCGUUCUUUACAUCGUCGGGGUCAAGUGCCGGCAUCCGGUUGUCCGUCGUCAAGUCCUCGAGAUUUUGCGACGGCAACCGAUGCGGGAGGCGGCGUGGGAUAGCAUCCUGACUGCUCGGAUAGUGGAGCGGGUCAUCGAGAUUGAAGAGAGUGGCAGUGGCGGUGCGGCUGAGCUAGAGCAAAUGGCACCACAGUGCAUGGAACAGAUUUCCAUACGGCAGAGGAUCGAGGCAUUGUCUUAUACGUAUUUCCCAGGGGGUGGGGGGUCAGCGGCCCGAUUGGAGAUUGAGUAUACAUUCUGCGCCCGGGAGGGGGUACACGUUGAAUCACUUAUGAUAUAA